AUGGAAGAGGCAUUUAGAAGGCUGAAUGGGUUUACCCGCUCCACCGAACCCGACCCCAUCUCUGACCCACCAAGGAAGUCAACCACCGCUACCCCAACCAACAAGCGCACGCUGAGAGACACCACGACAGCCGCAGGCACUGGCACCGGCGGCGGCGCAAUGAGAUACCGAGGCGUACGACGAAGGCCGUGGGGUCGUUACGCGGCCGAGAUCCGGGACCCACAGUCCAAAGAGCGGCGUUGGCUCGGCACCUUCGACACGGCCGAGGAAGCCGCCUGCGCCUACGACUGCGCUGCUCGAGCCAUGCGCGGGCUCAAGGCUCGGACCAACUUUGUCUACCCGUCUUCCCCUCCUCACACCGCCGUCAACGACCAUCUCCUCCCUCCGUUCAGCUUCCACAAGCAGUCUCAGCCGUCCGUGAAGAGCCGCAACGGCUACGGCGCUGGCCACUCUUCGAGUUGGCCGUCUGUAACGCCGUUUACUCAGUACCCAACAACUAAUAAUAACGACGCUGUUGCCUCUCCUUUGAACAUGCUGUUCUUUAGAAACUUCAUCAAUUCCUCACCAAACCCAUCUCCGGUUUAUAACCAGUUUCCGUACAAUAUCAGUGGUUCUUCUUCUUCAGCUGCUUUGGUCAACACUGCCAGCUGUGGUCAACCUCAUGAAACCAACAUGUCAGCAAGUACUAAUUUCAGUUCUACUAGUACUGGCUCAUCAUCUUCCAUGACUGUAGCUACGUCCGUUCCUCUCAUGGAUAUUACUACUUCUUCCACAACACCCACCACCCAUGACGAUCAUUCAGAUUUCUUUGCUGUGGAGCCAUCUGAUUCUGGGUUGUUAGAAGAGGUCAUUCAACGCUUCUUCCCAAAACCCACCUCCAAGAAGUCAAUGGACCCUCCAAAAUCAGCUGACUAUGGUCGCCAUAAUAUGAACAGCAUUCCUUCAAGUUCCAGCCAGGCCUCUUUUGUGUCUUCAAAUCAAGCUCCUCCCUUUGAUGGGCCGACAAAGAAUCAUCCUCAUCAGCAUGGAGGUGUAUGCUAUAACUUCGAAGAAUUGCUGCCACAACCACAGCAGCUUGGAAACAGUUUCAGUGUUGGAAUGGAUUAUCAACCACAAGUAUCACAGACGACGCAGGCCGUACCGUUUUACAAUGAUCACGUGCCAAUCAACGUCCAGCUUGGCGGCCAAGAUUACUCCAUGGUCGAUAAUAAUAUGUUCCAGUACCCUGAGUUCAUGGGUGGUUUUGCGGCCAGGGUCCAGAACUGA